AGGCAUUAGCCAGAGUGGGGCAGUUGCUUUGAAUCUAUUCAAGUUUGAGUUUGGGGACUAACUCCGUCACCCGAAGAGUCUGAUAUCCAGUUCCCCAAAUAUAUACUUUUUUUUCCCCGUUGCAUCUUAAGAGAGGAUUAAGUGGGAACUCUUUCCCCUAUUAUAGAAAAAGCAAUGAUCAAAGAUCACGAGGCUAAACUGUUCAAGUUACCCUCUGGAAACAGAUUUAUUGUGGUACCGCCCAGUUAUUCUAGGAUCCAAAGAAUUCCGUUCCCACCAGUUUGUAGAUCUCUUGAGACCUAAGAUUUAUUUUCCUGGCUGUGCCAAGCAAGUCGUCUGUAGAGAGAGACUCGGGCUGGAAAGGAGGGAAAACUCUAAUAAAGCCCCUAGGUCCCUCCAUAGUGUAGGAAAGCCAUAUUUCUUCUAUGUGGGGUGGUGGCACUGAAGACCUUGAUCCUAUGGUCCCUUUAAGUACUUUGUCCCUUACCUGAGUCCCUCCCAAAGAAGGUAAUCAGUAGCCCCGCCCCCUGCCAGUAGCCGGAUCGGGCCUAGUAACCGAGGUGUAGUUCCCCUCCUACCUCUCCCCUCCCCUCUCCUCUUGCCUACCCCUUUGCACAGCUGGCUACUGCUGACCCAGAGAGUCUUCAUUAAAGAAGAGAGGCAGGGCUCCCAGCCCUGGCCAGAGUCUGGGCAGGGAGUCCUGGCUUCAUAACUCUGCUGAGGCAUUUGUCAUCUGGGAGUCCACACAAUAUGAGGAGCCAUCCUUCCCUGCUCUUAGUCUAUAUGGGAUUGGCCACCUGCCUGGACCCCUUACCUCAUAGAGAGCAAAACCAAGUUCUUGACAUCUUCCUGGAUCCCCCAGAGGCCCAGAGUUUCUUAGUUGGCCACAGGCGUGUUCCUCGUGCUAACCACUGGGACCUGGAGUUGCUGACCCCUGGGAACCUGGAACGGGAGUGUCUGGAGGAGAGGUGCUCCUGGGAGGAGGCCCGGGAGUACUUUGAGGACAACACACUGACGGAACGCUUCUGGGAAAGCUAUUCGUACAAUGGCAAGGGAGGGCGUGGACGGGUGGAUGUUGCUGGCCUGGCAGUGGGACUGACUUCAGGGAUCCUCCUCAUCGUGUUGGCUGGCUUGGGAGCCUUUUGGUAUCUGCAUUAUCGAAGGCGCCACCUCAGGGGCCAAGAGUCCUGUCUGCAAGAAACCGGGCUCAUUAUCCCCCUGAGUCCUCUGACGCCUCAAUCUCCACCCUUGCCCCCAGGCCUUCCCACCUAUGAGCAGGCUUUAGCAGCCUCUGGGGUUCACGACGCACCUCCGCCCCCUUACUCCAGCCUCAGAAGGCCUCACUGAAGACCUGCUUGGAGCGCGGGCUCCCUGAACUGUGCCCCUGAUUCAUAGCGGAUUCCGGAAGUCUCCCGCUUCUUCGACGACUCGGCUUCAAUGUGUCCGUGUGGGAGUCGGGGGAGUCAGGGUCGUCGGACCCGAGGUCUACCAUGACACACGUGUUUCCGCCAGGCACGCAUAUACGCACAUCCCUGACCGUCCUGUUGCCGAGUCGGUGCCCCUGGCCCUCGCCAUCACCCUCCACUUCUCCUGAGCAGUAGCCCUGCCUCAGAAUGGGCAGACCUUUUAGGAAACUCGGACCAGACGUGACUCGGCUGUCACCCCACUGGUGUGGCGGGGCGCGUACACGCAGGGAACCAGGCCCUUGCAGACACCUGACUUCGUGUAUUUAACCACUCGGGCAAAUGGGCGGUUCGUAAUCCAGCAUAAAGGUGGGGGGCGCAUUUGCAAUGUGCUGUAAGCGGGGUGUCGCGCUUUUGUUGCACCCGGGUAAAUGGAGUUGAUCUCAGCUGCCCUCUACUUUAAAGCCCUUUGGAAAAGGAAGGGAGGUGUGGAAGAAAUCAAAAUUGAAACAAUGAGAAAAAUAAAGAUGCAAAAGACCUGA